AUGGACACUUCGUGGCUCAGCAAAUACAUCCACGCCGGAUGUUUAAUAAUAGGCCCGCUGCGUCUAGAAAUUCAACAUUCCCUAGAAUCUUUACCUAAUCUGCCAGAUUUCAAAUUUCUGACUCGAAGGUCUCUUGACUUUCCCAUAUCAGAGUCUCUCCCGCCCGCGGUCCAGCAAGCACUUAUCCAAUCUGCCUCCUUAUCAUCAUUCUCUGGACUUUGGCAAAAUGGAUGGAUUCAGAUGUCUUCCGGUUACUCUAGAUGUGACGACACAUGGCGUGUUCGAGUCUAUAUCCUUCCCCAAGAUGUCGACAGGGGCGUCGACAGGGGCAGCAGCAGUCUCAGAACUGAACUGACGGGCGUAACAUCAAAUCUUCUAUCUCUGCUCGAAAGUUCGCCAGCAUGCUGGAAUGGGGAAGUUGACUAUGAAGCCUGUAAUUUACGGACGCGCGCCGGAAACGAAACACCUCUCUUAUCCAUGUUUAACAACGUUCCUUCUCCGGAUCCUCGCCCGGAAAAGGAGAACAACCUAGAUAUCCGUGACGGGAUUCAAUGUCUAUUAGAGAGCCAAAUACAAGGCCUGAAUACGAAGCUCUACCCUUACCAAGGCAGAUCGGCUGCUUUUAUGUUUCAACGGGAGGAGAAUCCUGGCAGGAUUAUUGACCCUCGGUUUAUCUCAGCUGUUGACCACGAAGGUAAACCGUGGUAUUAUGAUACUGUAUCAGGCCUGGUUAUCAAAGAGCCUAGAUACUAUGAUGGAGUAUGUGGCGGAAUUCUCGCCGAGGAGAUGGGUACUGGUAAAACACUCAUCUGCUUGGCCUUAAUUCUCUGUACGAAAGGCGAACCAACUAAAGCCCCCGAACCAUUCGUUGCGGAGAUACCGCCUAGGUCUGGAAUAGCCAGCCUAGUUGACAUGGCCGCCGCUGUGGCAAACAAAGGUUCUAUACCUUGGAAACCGUGGUUUGACUUUAAGGCCGCUCAACAUGGCUACGAAUACCGGAACUGUUUACGAGCCCUAUCACGGCCACAAAACCGGGCUCUAUACAAAGUUGAGAACAUAUUGGUAGAAACCCGAAGAAGUGACAGGAAUGCGCCUCUAACCCCGCUGUCUCGGGAAGUAUACCUCAGUUAUGUAACGCUCAUCAUCGUCCCUAAUAACCUUGUCAAGCAGUGGCAAAAUGAAAUCAAGAAGCAUACGUCUGGUCUGAAUGUGCUUGUUCUCGUAGAGAAACAAGAGAUUCCGCCAGUAACCGUACUGUUAGACUACGAUUUGAUUCUAUUUUCCGUAAGUCGUUUCGAGUGGAUACAGAAAGAACGUUCCAAUGGCGAAGGUUCAGCAUUGAAUAUUUAUUGCCCGCUGGAGCACAUUAGAUUCAAGCGGUGCAUCAUCGAUGAAGGCCACAAACUAGGAAAUAGAAGUCAAGCAUGGAAGAGUGACAUCAUGAGAGUUCUCGACCGCCUUGAGAUCGCCGCUCGAUGGGUUGUCACUGGGACGCCUUCGCAGGGGCUUUACGGUGUUCAGGAUAAGUCAAGUGAGACGAAUGAUAACUCAAAUAGCACGAGUCCCACAGUAAGAUCGACAUCUACCAUGAAGCAGGAGCGAGAAGAUCUACGGAGAAUUGGCAAUAUGGCAUCGAAGUAUCUCAAGGUGCGGCCUUGGGCCAAUACCAAGGAGGAGUUUGGCGAUACUGUAGCCAACUGGAACAUAUACGUCAUGGACAAAGAACAACACAGUAACGGUCAUAACCGCAGAGACUGCCUAGAGUCUACUUUGAACUCGCUGAUAAUUCGUCAUCGGCUUUCGGAUGUUAGCUCGUUGCUUCCCCCAGUAGAUGAGAAGAUCGUAUUACUGGAUGGAUCCUUUCAGGAUAGAUUGUCCCUGAACCUAUUCUCGAUGAUGAUAAUUUUCAACUCAGUACAAUCACAACGGACUGAUCAGGAUUAUUUCUUUCACGAAAGGCAGCGCAAAAGCCUCAUCCAGCUCGUCAAGAACCUAAGACAAGCGUGCUUCUUUGGUGGUGUCUUCUACUCCGUGGAAGACAUCGCGAAAUCACUGGAUACUGCAAAAGAAUUUCUCGAUAAGAAGGAGUUCCCGAUCAGCGAUGAAGAUAGGGUUCUGCUCAAGCAAGCGAUAUCAUUUGGAAAUCUGGCAGUGAAGAACCGCUUGAAAAACAUAAGCAACAAGUUUCACUCAAUGCCGUUAUACGUAGAAAAUUUCCCCGGUGAUAGUGGGAGGAAUUGGUCCCUUGACGAGCAAGAGGCCGACGACCAGCCUAUCUGUACUGAUGCGGGGAUGAUUCUCGCGCUUCAGAAGUUCUUAAAUCCUUGUAUCGAUGCACCGACGUCUUUGCAGCUAAUGAUAGAAACCGGCCGGCUCGAUCAACAAGGGGCAGCAGAACGCGCACAGGCACUGACAGCAGCAACAGAAGCUUCCGGUGGCGCCACAACGCAGACGGCAAAUGCUGUGUCUCUAGCUGGAAACACUCCACUGGGUAAUGACCGUCACUCGAAACCGAAGUCUGGCAUAUUGGACAAAGCGAUAUUGCCAUCUGAUGAGGGAACACAGAGCAUCAAUCCAUUCCCAGAAGGCCACGUUAAGAUCGCCGAACAAUUGGCGAAGACUAGAAUUAUAUCGACCGUCUCUGCUAAAUUAUCCUACCUCAUUGACUCUAUAAUCAAGUAUCAAGAUAAUGAACAGAUUAUUAUAUUCUAUGACAACGAUAACAUUGCAUAUUAUUUAGCCGGCGUGCUAGAAAUCCUGCAAAUCCAACACUUGAUCUAUGCCAGAGCCGGUCUCAGUGCAGACAGACGGGCACAAUACGUUGCUACCUUCACACAUAACUCGAACUUUCGAGUUCUGCUGAUGGACAUAAGCCAGGCAGCCUUCGGUCUAGAUAUGCGUAGCGCAUCACGAAUAUACUUCAUAAGCCCUGUCCUAAACCCCCAGGUCGAGGCACAGGCCAUCGGACGAGCACGACGAAUCAGCCAGCAAAAGCCGGUGUCGGUUGAGACGCUGGUGUUGCGCAACAGCAUCGAAGAAGUCAUCGUCAACCGCCGCAAACAGAUGACGCCCGCAGAACACAACAAGGUGAAAUCCGUUCUCGAGGACCGCUUGAUGUACCAGUGGAUCAAGAACGCAAAGAUCAACCCCAUGUCUGAUGAAGAAGACGGCGUUCCGCAGACCGCGAUGCUGGAGACCCCGCAAUUCGUCUUCGGCAGAGGAUUUGGUCGCGAGCUUCAUCCUGAUGAAGGGCUGGUCAAGGGGAGCCCGGAGGGUAAGAAUAAUAACACUACGAAUGGGGCACUGGCGGUGGCACGCACGCUGUUUAAGGCGCCUAGAGGCGUUAAACGACCUUCGUCGACUACUGUGGACCCAUGGAGCGAAAGUGAUGAUGGCAAGGCGCAUGGACCGCUGCCGAAACGGAGAGGUCAUGUGGCUUUUGCUGAUUAA